AUGGCUCGAGUUAUUCAAGCGAUCAAACAGUUGUUCACAAAGAAAUCUUCUGAACAAUUUGUCAAAUUCGUCGGCACUGAUCGAUUCGAGAAUAAAUUCUAUGAACGUCUACCCGGUAAUCGAUAUUAUGACUCAAUUCGUCGAUACUACGAGCCUGCAGAUUAUUCGAAUGUUCGAUUACAUAUUGAUCCAGCGUGGGAAGCUUGGCUAAGAGGCACUCGGAAAAUGCCACCGACGGUAGAGGAGACAGUUCGUCAUGAACAACGACGACAACAAUUAACAACAAAACCUGUGGAUAUGUUACCGACAAGUUAUGGACAAGAUUCUGCUCAAGGCGGAACAAGUUCGUAUCCAAUUCGAGAUCAAUAUGAAAUCAAUCCAGGUACUAAAUCUCGACAGAAAUCCAAUCCCGAUGAAACAUUUUAA